AUGAGCUCGGUCCCGUCCCAGCUCUGGGUCGACGUCUGCGCCAACUUGAGCAACCGCGAGUUUGCCGACGACCUCGACGAUGUGGUGGCGGCUGCAGUCGAGGUGGGUGUUACCGGCGUGGUCAUGCCGGCGUCGGACCUGGCCGACGCGCGGCGGAUCGAGGCCAUCGCAGGGUCGCUGCCUAAUGAGAUGUGGUGCGCGACCCCGGUCGGAGUCCACCCGUGGGCGGUGAGCGAGGAGCUGCUGGCAAGCGAUGGGAGUGGUGAUCUCGAUGCGGGCUGUGCGAGCGAGAUGAUCGAGCUGGUGACCGGCGCCGCGAGCUCGCGGAGCGCGUGGAUCGGCGAGAUCGGGCUUGACUACUGCGACGGAUGUCCGGCGGAUCGAGAGGUCCAGCGUCGCGCCUUUCGGGCGCAGCUGAGACUGGCAUUUACCCACGGGUGGCGGGUGUACUUGCACUGCCGGGAUGCGUUUGAUGACUUUGUGGCCGACCUGAGCGACGAGGCGAAGGCGGCCGGCGUGCCGAUCUCGGGCAUCCUACACUGCUUCACCGGAUCGUCGACUCAGGCGGCGGCGCUGGUCGAUCUCGGCCUGCACAUCGGAGUGACCGGCAUGGCGACGGCUAAAGGCCGCCUUGGCCGCGAGCUACGCGAGGCAAUCGUUGCUGCGGUCCCGCUUACCUCGCUGAUGGUGGAGACCGACGCGCCAUGGCUCCUGCCGCGAAUCAAGAGCGUACAAAAGGCCGCCAAAGACGGCAAGCGCAACGAGCCGCGGUUUCUACCGGCGCUGGCGGCACCGCUGGCGGCGGCGUACGGGGUGGCGCUCGACGAGUUUGCGCGACAGACGACAGCCAACGCCGAGGCGCUAUUCCGGCGAUGA